AUGUCAGUAACAACAACCGCCAACCCAAUCCACUACAACCUCGAGGCCGUCCUUGCAGACUACGACCUCCACCACACCGAAGAACUCGAUACAAGCCUCAACGCACAUCCAGCCCCACCGACUUCAUCCACUAUACCACAAUCGCAGCAGAAUCCCAGCGACUGGCCAACUGAGCAUCGCCGCGUGCCUGCGUACCGACCUGUUAACUACGAACUCGAUCAAAGCGAGCGAAGAGUUUAUCUAAAUGGCAUUGAACAAGCGUUCGUUGGCGUGAUGUUCACAGGCGUCUUUCUUCAAUCGACAGUAUCCAAAGUGUGGCGGAAUACUCUGGGAAGAGUUUGGAAUGUUGGAUAUAAGGUUGGAGGGGAGUGGUAG